AUGGCUUGGGUACGCGAAGACCAACUUGUUUUAAGUUGGAUUGUCUCGUCAGUUUCUGAGAGCAUUAUGCCACAGUUAGUUGGGGUAGAAAUAGCGCAUGAGGCUUGGAAUAAACUUGUCGCAGCAUAUGCUUUUGGAUCAAAGCCACAAAUUUGUGAGCUUAAAGCACAAUUACAUACACUACGUCAAGACAAUGACAACAUUGAAACCUAUGUGCAAAAGGCAAAAGGAACUGCAAAUAAGCUUGCUGCUCUGCAACAUCUAGUCCGUGAGGAUGAUCUUGUCGAAUUCGUUCUGGCAGGACUAGGUCCAGCGUAUCGUCCAUUCAAGAGAUCACUAGAAGCACGGCAAGAGGAUAUUAACUUAGAUGGUCUCUAUGGUAUGUUGUUAACUGAAGAGAGGCAAUUAAAGAGGGAUGAAACCCUUACUAUGAUUGCUUCAUCUGCCCAAUAUAUGCAGAGUUCACUUCCUACCACACGAGGUCGUGGUAGAGGUCGAGAUGGUCGAGGUAGAGGUCACUCCUCAUCCCAAUGGUUUUCUCAGUCUUCAUACGACCGCACACAACAACAUUCAUUCCAAACCCCUCAAUCUAGAAUGUCGUUACCUUCCACAAAUACAUCCAUGAUCAUUUGUUACAACUGUGAGGGGAACUUGUUGAACAUGUGUGUCCAUCGCCAAAAGCUAAUUGAUGUAAAUAAUGCCUCUGGCCGGCCUUCAACAAACCUAGCUUGUGCGUCUCCACAAACUUCACAGAAAUAG